UUGCAAUGCGCACAUAUAAGAGCACGUACACAUAUCUCCUUCUCAGUUCUCAGUACCACGUAACAUAGUCCCCCGGCGACGGUUGCUACUAUCUUCGUCGGUUUGUGAUUCUCAUGAAGCUUUCGUCUAUUUUAUUUGGCCUGGCUUCGGCCUUGCCUAUUGUUGCACAAGAUAUAUAUGACAUUUGGUCGACGACAUGGCAGAAGGACAACCUCCUCACGUACAAGAAUUUGGGGUCAAAGCAUGUCAGCUUUGGCUCGCCUGGAUCAACUGGCACGUCAGACAUCAAGAUCGAUGACACGACCUACCACCAGAGCGUCGUUGGAUUCGGUGCCGCUAUGACUGACUCGUCCGCCAAGCUCCUCAACGAUCUGAAGAACUCGAACUCGGACAAGUAUUGGGCAUUGCUGAAAUACCUCUUUGACCCUACCGAUGGCGCGGACGCAGCAGGCUUUACAUACCUCCGGGUACCCCUCGGAGCCUCCGACUUCUCUGCGAAAGUCUAUUCAUUCGAUGACACGAGCGGGGACACCUCACUGAACGACUUCAACAUCGAUGCUGCCCCCUCGUACCUGUUCUCCGUCAUCAAGGACGUGAUGUCGAUCAACGGCGACCUCAAGGUCCACGUCACGCCUUGGUCUCCCCCCGGGUGGAUGAAGGACGGUGGGUCAAUGAAUGGCGGCAAGUUCUACACCAGCUUGUCAGACGUCUUUGCGAACUAUCUUUUGAAGUCCCUGCAAGGGUUCAAGAGCAAGGGAAUCACCCCGUGGGCCAUUGGCAUUCAGAACGAGCCCCAGAACAGCAACAAUGGCUACCCCACCGCACUGAUCGACGCGCAUUGGGAGGGUGAGAUCGGUCAGAAGCUCCGCUCGCUCAUGGACGACAACGGAUUCAAGGACACGCUCCUCAUCGGAUACGAGCACAACUGGGAUGACGCCGGGGCAUACCCCGUUGACCUUAUGGGUCAGGCGGCGGACUCAUUCGACGGCGUGGCGUUUCACUGCUACGAAGGGCACGUCUCGCAGCAGGAGACGUUCCACGACGCGUACCCCAACAAGAACAUCUACUUCACCGAAUGCGUGGGUCUCUUCAACGGGGACUGGUGGGGCGACGUGAAGGCUUAUCUCAGAAACGACGUUAUUGGCACUGUCAACAACUUCGCAAGGAACGCUGCAUUUUGGAACCUCGUCCUUGACGGGAGCGGCGGCCCCAAGCUCCCCGGUACUUCUAGCUGUGGUGGAAAGAACCAGUGCCGUGGUGUCAUCACGCUCAAUAGCGACGGCUCUUACACCAGGAACCCCGAAUUCUACGCCUUGGCUCAGAUGUCGAAGGGCACUAUCCCGAAGGAUAAGGGCGGGCCGAGCGCACAGCGGAUCGAUGCCUCCGUAGGCGGCAAUUCCAACCUCCUUGUCUCCGCAUUUGUUACAAAGCGGUCAUCGUCCUCCGACCAGUGGCGCUACAGCCUAGUCGUUCUCAACCAAGACGACGACAGCAAUGGUAGUUGGGACCCAACCGCCAUCGAUGCUACUAUCGAGUUCAGGGGAAAGCAGGCCAAGUACACGUUCCCUGUCGGCGUCACCACCCUCUGGUGGUAUGCUGCCCCGCAAUAGACGAGCAACUACUUCAUUCGUUAACAUUCACACUGUUCCAAUCACAACGAGGAGUGUCACUGACGAUGAAGCGAUAUUACCUUAUCAUGCAUUCUUGAUUGGGCUUGUGUGGUGUACUAAGUUGGCAAUACAGAAUUAAGUGUUGGUCAUACAA